UUUUGUUUCUCAUCAGCAGAGAAAAAAAAUGGAUCCUCUAGUGGAAGAUGACGCUGAAGAAUCAAGUCCGUGGCCAACAUUCCAGGGUCGGGAUGCUUUGAUUUACCUAAUUGACGCAUCCCCAAAAAUGUUCGAAAAAUCUGCUGAAGAAAACUGUUCCAGAAUCGAAAUGUGCUUGAAGUGUGUCGGUUCAGCACUGAAGGAUAGAAUCAUCUCCAGUGGCCAAGACCUUGUUGGAAUAGUUUUUUUUGCCUCGGAAAAGCAAAAUCAGCAGGAGUUUAGCCACAUCACUGUGUGUCAAGAGCUUACGAUGGUUUCUGCUGAUUUCAUCAAGUCUGUUGAAGCUGCUUUGGGUAAAUCUUGA